ACGCCAAUUGCGUUGAGAAAACGACCUGUCCGCAGAAAUCAGCUUAUUUUCGGUGCCGCGUGCGUGUUACAAUGUCCUCCGGUGAGGGUGCUAAGGGUGAGUUCAAGAUCGCUGAACCUGGUCGACAGCUGAAGCGGGCGGAAGUGGAUUUUAUGCGACUGAUCGAGCAGCAGAACCUACAGCGCGUGCAGAAGCUCCAGCGCCAGCGACGGAACAACAAACUGACCGGCUUGGCGCUAGGAGGCACGGUUCUCAGUAUUUACCUCUACUCGAUGUUUUCCGUGAAGCAGGAAAAGUUCCUGGACGACUUUGAGGAACCGAUUAAGCUCGAGGUCGAGAACAAGGCACUGUAA